AUGAGUCGGUUGGCCGAAGCACCGCCGUUCGCCUCCCUCACUCGCGACCCAACGCCGCUGACCUUUCGCCAUCUCCAACCAGCCACUAUCGUCAAGCAGAGAGAAAGAGAGCAGCGAUCGAAGGCCAGGAAGCCUGACCUCGCCACUGCCUUCCCACCGAAAACCAGCGUCGCCACCGCUCACUACCCAAAUGCGAGAGCCAAUGCCGCUGUCAUCCCUCCGCCAUCCGUUGCUCACCGGACCCGAUCGAUAGAUCGGAGUCCAAACGAACAAAACCAUUUUUUAAAAAAUGUUUUCGCUGAUCCACCGCCGCCCAAUGGAGGUGGCCGGAAAAGAAAAUGCAUCAGCGACUGCCGCGUAAUGGCGGUCGAGGUCGCGGAAAAGGAAAUGGGGACGCACCGGCGGCUGUCCAAUCCUUCACGAAACGAUCUCCACUCCAUCAUCCUCGAAACUGAUUCAGAAGCCGCGGUUAAUGCUCUGGGUAAUGAUUUGAAUUCCACACGGGUAACUAAUACCCUGAUAGCUGACUGCAGACAUCUCAUCACUCAGUUUCAGAGCUUCAAAUUAAUGCAUGUGUUUCGUGAAGGCAACCAAUGCGCGGAUUUUCUGGCCAAUUUGGCUCAAUCUUCGGUCUGGGGCACCUUGGUGCUUGACUCCCCUCCAGAGGGGCUGACUUCGCUCUUGGAUCGCGAUGCGAUAGCAGUGGCUUUUAGAAGAAUUAGAUAA